AUUCUGGCUUUCAGAUGCUUAGUUAUUUGAGUGACAAACGAGCUGAAGAGAGACUGUGAACAGCACAUGGGUCAGGGCUUGGACGUGCUGCGUGCCUGCUACCAACGUGAGGACCGCAGCGCCAGCCUAUGCUGCGGCCGCCGCCCGUGGCGCCCAGCCUCGGCCGCUGGGCGACUUCCACCGGCCGUGCGGCAGUCCUGGAGCCCAGGACUUGCGCACGAUGACGGUCUCCUUGAAAGAACGGGACCGGUGCAGCACUCGACCACGCUGCUGGGGCAUCACAUCGACUGGCCCUUGAGCCGAGCAGAACGUCUUCAUUUGUUGAUAGGUCUAUACCAGGAUGAGGAGAAACCUGCCAAUGCUCGCGCAGCCACCAUAGAGGAUUCAGAUUUGCAGCUGCUUUCUGAUCAAAUUGCCCAUUUGUCCGAGCUUGUGGAGAGCUCAAGGCGUGAACAAAUGAUGAUGGCAAGCUGCAGCAUGUAGGGUCGCCUUCUUCAAACACCGCCGCCGGACAACUCGUGGCGCUCGGCGCCGUGUGAGUUUGUAGCACCGCAGUGGGAGAAUUGCAGCCCUUGAUUUUUUUGUU